AUGAGCACUGACUUACCAAACUCCGGGCCCUCUGGCGAGCCUGCCAGGAAAGGAUCCGUCAAACGGGCCAGGCAAAUGCUAGAUGCCGGCGUGCGUCCAGAAAGAGCCUCGCCACCCCAGAUGGGACAACCUCCCGUCCCUAGGAAUAUCUCCCACCAGGCACAAUGGCCUCUCCCUGAUACAGGUCUCCCACCACACCCGGCCAAUCAACAUCCUAGGUAUUUGGUUCGGCGUGGUCCUCCACCUCAGAGACCACCUCAUCCGGGUGAAAUGCCUUCGCCAUCCAUUUACUCAGAACGAGAUAGCCGAGUUUCAGAAAUGGGAUUACCUCCCCGGUCCUCCUCACAACCUCAGCCUUCUGCGCUAGCGCAGUCUCACCGGCCGAUAGAUAAUAUCCCUGCCAGUCCCACCAGCACAAUCGACCUGACUCCUCGAAUAUCGAUCGCAACGGAAGAUUUGUUCAGGCAAUCUGUAGCCUCCGAUUUGCCCCAAUUUCCACCCACUUCUCUGCCAGCCGAGUCCGAUCUUUCUCAGGAUGAGCCUAGACACCGGACGGCAGGUCUUGUUGCACCGCUGAAUUCGCGACGGCCCCCUCGGGCUCGUCGAUCAUCUGUUUCGCCCAUUCCAGAAGAACUCGCCCACCCUCGCUUUACAAAAUGCUCCGUCGCGUCGAGCCGAGCCAUCCCAAGCUGGGGAUCCGGUCCCGCUGAAUCCGAGAUUCUGGGAGCAUACGACAUAGAUUCAGACGAUGGCCAGCGCUCACCUGGCUUCCAAGAGGACGAUACGAGGCUUGUCCGAAAUGCCAGUAUUGGAAAGCGAGGAAAGCCGACGAUGCGUACCAUUCUCAAGUCUAACCCUGUUUCCGUUGUAGACAUGCCAGCACCUACUCAGGAGGAAUCCGCCAAGGGAACAGCAGUGCGGUCUGUCGGGCUGGGAGCUGCUGCAAGCCAGGCGCCCCAUAUACCAAGCCAAUUACGAAAGUCGUCUACUACAUCGAGUGAACCACCGAAAGGCCUGAACUUAGAAAAACCCCCCUUGUCCACAAAGCAUGAAUCGCUCUCCUCCAAUGUACAACUCGAAAAAGAGCUCGAGGCCUUCGGACAGCUGCCUACCGCCGCACCAACAAUGAGUGACAAGAGGCCUGGCGGUCGCAAGCCUCCUGCUCUGAAUAUGCAUGCGUUGCGGGAUGCAGAGGCUCGUGGAAGUCUUUCCAGCUUAUCUGAUUUGAUUCGGAGGGCGACAAAGCUCGCAUCGAACCUGGAUCAUGGGAGAACCGCCAGCCGAGCCAAUCUGGUUGGUGAUGAGGCUGGGUUUAAAGGGAUGGGACACCGACCACGUAACUCUGGCUCUUUAUCAGAAAUGCUUGCCUCUUUUCCCCCGCCCGGUUUGGCGACACCCGAAGCGCGCGGAUCAACCGCAUCAUGGCCCGUGUUCUUUGGACGCUCUAACUUGCGUAAUGUCGAGCAGCUAAACUCGAACGACGACGACCCUAAUGCUCCCCGACACAAGAAGACAUGCUGUGGAAUACCUCGGAAGAUCUUCGUGCUCAUCUGUGUCGUAAUCUUCAUCAUCGUCAUUCUGGCAGUUCUUCUCCCCGUGUUCCUUGUCGCCGUGCCCCGCGAGAAUGCGAGCACGACCUGUGCUGAAAAGAACCCUUGUGAGAAUGGAGGUGUGAGCGUCUCAGCCGGCACCCAAUGCUCGUGCAUAUGUUCGAACGGUUAUAUCGGCUCACAGUGCACCGUUUUGGGUGAUGGUAGCUGCACCACCGCCCUGAUAAGUGACGGAUCGAACGCGACCAUGGGCAGUGCACUUCCUGUUCUGUUCGAGGAAUCCAAGGAGAAAUUCAACAUCACCCUCGACCCAGUCACAAUCAUGGCUCUGUUCAACAUGAACGACGUCACCUGCACGACCGAAAACGCGCUCGUAGCUUUCAGCGCUAUCACAACCGACACAAGCAAGACCCGACGAUCUGUGAAGUUAGUAGCCGACUCGAUGCCAUCCGUCUCGAAAACCGACCCAACACCAGUCCUAGCUGUCCGUUCCGAAGCCACCAUGAACGGUAUCCUAUACGACGACUCGGAAUCAAGCAAGACAGCCACGACCACGUCGGCACCCACUCAAACUGAGUCCGCGACGAGCGCCUCCGCUACCAAGGCUAGCUCUCAAACCACUGCCGCUGCCUCCACAUCCACCGCGAUCAGCGUUCCCGAUACGGUUGUUGGGUUUUCUCGAAUUGCGGUGUUGUACAUUUUGCAGAAGACAGGCUCACUUGACACCGCUCUGUCCUCGGGGGAGGACAUCGAAGAAUACCUGGCCGAUUCCUAUGCGAACGCGACUCAGCCGGCCAUGAAGGUAGGGGCGUUUGCUGUGGAUUUCGAGAAAUUGACCAUCACGCUUCCCAAUAGCACGGUGAAGGCGGAGUGA